AUGGCUACGCAGCGGGUAUCUCAGACUCUGCAUUACAGCUGCGCUUUGGUAGCCGCUCUGUAUAUCGUGGUCUGUUUUCUCAGCGGUAGCCCUGCCAAAAAAAGGAGAAAAGGUCGAUCCAAGCGCAGAACACGACUUCGGGCCUUCUUAACGGCUUUCAUUGUGCUCACAUAUAUCAGCCAGACAGCUUUGGGCAUUACCAUCAAUGACCUUGAUCUAUCCCAAUCGUUUCUCGUGCAUAUGACCUCCCAGGCCGCCGUAUGGUCUGCGGUGUGGCUCCGGCAAGAUAAUCCUUCCAAGUAUGAGUUGGCCGGAGCGUCAGUCGUCACCGCUGGUUUCGAGAUUCCACUUCUUGCACUCUCAUUGUACCACAAACCGAGGCACUGGGAACCAAUCGCGCAGAUUGUCGUCUCAGCCAUUCGGCUUUUACUGCUUGUCUUGGUGGCGAUCACCCUUUUAUUGGAAAUCAGGCAGCGAAAGAAAAAUGCCUCAGAUGAGUCGCGUCCCUUUUUGAAUGGAAAUCGAUCAGCCUACGGCGCAGUCAAUAGUCCCGAUUUGGAUGAUAGCAGCGCUCUGUCUGACAGCGAAAGCGAUUCGGACAAGAACCAGAAUACAAGAGCUGCGCGAGUCAAAAGGCUCCGCAAAGAACGACUACAUUCGCUUGGUGGCUGGUGGAAUUACUUGAAGGACUUUAGCAUUUUUCUGCCCUAUCUGGUGCCCAGGAAUAAUCCCAAAGUCCAGCUCUGUAUUGCUACCAGUAUUGUCUGUAUAGGAUGUCAUCGAGUUCUGAACAUUCUGGUUCCCCAACAACUGGCCGAUGUUACCGAUAGCAUCUUCGCCCACAAAACGCCAUACGCCUCAUUGGGAAAAUGGGCCUUGUUACAAGUUAUUGGUGGCGGAGCUGGGCUAGGGCUGAUCGAAUCACUCGUCAAAAUCCCCAUCCGGCAGUUUUCUUACCGGCAAAUCACCAAUGCGGCUUUUAGCCAUGUCAUGAACCUAUCGAUGGAUUUCCAUAUCGAGAAUGACUCGGCAGAGGUCAUGAAGUCAAUCGAUCAGGGGGGAGCGUUGAAUAAUAUACUGGAAAUGGCUAUGCUCGACAUCGCCCCGGCAGUGGCAGACUUGUUUAUUGGAUGUUUCGUCUUCUAUCUGAAGUUCAAUAUCUAUGCCUCUCUUUUGGUUGUCAUUGCUUCUAUCACUUACGUUUCGGCAGAAGUCUUUACUUCCAAUUGGAAUCUAGAACACCGGCGUGAAUUGACGCAGACGCAGCGAAAUGAGACUCGCAUCAUGCAUCAAGCUGUCCAAGGCUGGCAGACUGUCACCUACUUCAACCAAUUUUCUUAUGAAAGGCUUCGAUUUGGUGAAGCGGUUGAUUUAUGUUUAAAAGCAAGUGCCAGUUUUGGUCAACGGCGAGCAAUCGGAAAGGCGCUCCUAGAUCUGCUCAGACCGCUUUCUUUUGUUGCUCUUGCUUCGCUCAUAGUACACGAAAUCUCCGUGGGCCGAGCCUCAACGGGUGACUUUGUCUUCUUUAUCCAGUAUUGGUCGUCACUUAUCUCGCCGUUGGCCUAUCUUUCAGCACAGUAUCGCUGGCUCGUUUCAGAUCUAGUGGAUGCUGAACGUCUACUAUACCUCUUUAAUUCGAAGCCCAGUAUCACCGAGAAGGAAAAUGCCACGAUUCUCAAGUCCGGAGAUGGCCGUGUCGUCUUCAAUGAUGUCAACUUUGCCUACGACACGCGACUAUCAACCCUCAAAGAUGUGGAUAUCACCGUCGAGCCAGGGACAACAAUUGCACUUGUUGGAAGAACAGGCUCCGGAAAGACGACAAUCCUACGACUCCUCCUCCGACUCUACGACGUGACCUCUGGCAGCAUCGAAAUCGAUGGCCAGGAUAUUCGAGACAUAACUCUCAGCUCGCUACGUGAAACCGUCGGCGUCGUCCCACAAGACCCGGUGCUGUUCAACGCAUCCAUCCUUGAGAACCUACGAUACGCUCGACCCUCGGCUACAGAUAAAGAAAUCCAAGAAGCAUGUCGCGCUGCAGCUAUCCACGACAAGAUCUUGACGUUUGUAGAGGGGUACAAUACCACGGUUGGAGAGAACGGUGUCAAGCUCUCUGGUGGAGAAUUACAACGAAUAGCCAUUGCCCGUGUCUUCUUGAAGAAGUCGCCGGUUCUGCUCUUGGAUGAGGCUACCAGCGCGGUAGAUUCGGAGACGGAGUCUGAGAUUCAGGUUGCUCUUGACCGCUUGAGAGCUAGACGGACUACCUUUAUUAUUGCGCAUCGGCUUUCGACUAUUGUUGGCGCUGACAGGAUCCUUGUUCUGCACGAAGGGCGGGUUGUGGAAAGUGGAUCACACCAGGAGCUGGUGAAUAAAGGUGGGAGGUAUCAGACUCUUUGGGAGAAUCAGUUUGGUGGUGAUAAAAUCAAAAAAGCACUGUAA